CUCUCGUAUCGGUCCGGUGCUGUUGCAUGCGAUGCGAGGUCUCCCCGGCCUGCGCGCGCGGCGAGUGUGGACUCGCUUCCCCCACACAGCCAGGGAGAGGGAGAGAGGAAAUCGUCGUCGUGGAUGCGCAGUGACUGGUCAGGUCAAUGGUCGCCAACACUGCGCGCGGCCUAGAAUGAUGGACUCGACCCGCACCCGCACCCGCACCGGAUCCGUCCGCCACGCGUCCCCCUCCGCCACCUUCUUAAGCGCCUCCGUCCACCCAUCCAUGGUCUCCCUCUCCCCUCCCUCUUCUCCACUUCCAUCAUCCCCGUCCCUCCUGUCAAUGGACCAGUCGUCGUCAUCCUUCGUCCUGGCGCCCGGCGUUCUCAAGCGCAAGAACAACGCGGACGAGCAGCAGCAGGAGCGCCGGGCGGCGGUGGGCGAGAUGGACUUCUUCGAGACCGAGAUGAGGAGGGAGAAGCGCGACAGGAAGGACGCCGCCGCCGCCGCCGCCGCCGCGGAGGACGAUCUCGGCAUCAUGAACAAAGGGGACCUCGGCAUCGACAUGGGGCUGCACGUCGGCGGGGGACGGCGCCGGAGGAACAGCGGCAGCGAGGAGUCCACCGUCGACGACGGCGUCUCCUCCAACGACGACGACCACCGCCGGGAGGCCAAGGCCGAGUUGGCAGCUACGAAAUCGGAGCUUGCGCGGCUGAACGAGGAGAACAAGCGGCUCAAGAACCAGCUCCUCAAUGCCAACAGCAAGUGCCACCAACUCCAAACGCAGAUCACGCUCAUGCAGCAGCCGCAGCAGCAGCGGAGCAGCCAUGGCCAUGGCCACAGGGAACCGGAGCAGCAGCAGCAGCAGCUGGAGCUGCUGCCGAGGCAGUUCAUCAGCCUCGGCUCCGCCGCGCACGACGCGCCCCACUCCGUCCGGGCCGGCGACUGCGCCGCGGCGCUGCCCGGCAGCAACCCCGUCCCGGACGCGGCCAUGGACUACAUGGGCAAGGGAGCCAUGGUCGUCGGCAGCGCCGGCAAGGCGGCGGAACUCAUGCCGCUGCCGCCGUUCGAGCAUGGCCACGGUGUUCACCACGAGAGGGGCGGCAGCCCGGAGACGAUGCAGAGCUGGCUACCGGGCAAGGUGCCCAAGUUCCUCCCCACUGCCAAGGUGCCCGAGGCGCCUCCGCCGGCACCCGAGGCCGCCGCCGCCGCUGCCACCAUGCGCAAGGCCCGCGUCUCCGUCCGCGCCCGCUCCGAAGCAGCCAUGAUCAGCGACGGGUGCCAGUGGCGGAAGUACGGGCAGAAGAUGGCCAAGGGCAACCCGUGCCCGCGCGCCUACUACCGGUGCACCAUGGCCGCCGGCUGCCCGGUGCGGAAGCAGGUGCAAAGGUGCGCCGAGGACCGGACGGUGCUCAUCACCACGUACGAGGGGAACCACAACCACCCGCUGCCGCCGGCCGCCAUGGCGAUGGCGUCCACCACGGCGGCCGCGGCCUCCAUGCUGCUGUCGGGGUCCAUGCCCAGCGCCGACGGCCUCAUUGCCGGCGGGUCCAACUUCCUCGCGCGCGCCGUGCUGCCCUGCUCCUCCAGCGUCGCCACCAUCUCGGCGUCGGCCCCGUUCCCGACCGUCACGCUCGACCUCACGCAGACGGGCGCGUCACCACCACGCCCGCCGGAGCCCGCGCAGCUCCAGGCAGCGCUGGCCGAGGCAGCGCGGCCCGUGUCGCUGCCGCAGCUGUUCGGGCAGAAGCUGUACGACCAGUCCAAGCUCUCCGCCGUGCAGGCCGUGGCCGGCACCCAGGAUGGCGGAGGCGCAAGGCUGGCUGAGACGGUGAACGCGGCCACGGCCGUGAUCGCGUCCGACCCCAACUUCACCGCCGUGCUCGCCGCCGCGCUCACGUCCUACAUCGGCAGCAGCAGCAGCAGCGGUGGCGGUGGCGCCGGCGGGAGCAGCGGCACGGUGCAGCCGCUCGUCAGCGGCGGCGGCGACAGCUGUAGUAGAGACGACACCACGGCAAGCUGAUCAAAAAGAUCUUGGUCGGUUGCUUACUCGCUUCAAAUUGAGUUUGUUUCGCUCGCUUCAGAUUUCGAUCGAGGUUUUUAGUCUUGGAAUUUUUCUUCAGGUUAGUUUUGCACCGCCGAUCUCCCCUCCGGUGGCUGCCGGGAUCGGAGGAGAUGAGAGAUUUUGAUUUAGUAUAUGCUUCUUUGAGUUCAGCUAUGCAGCAGCAGCAGCUAGGAGUAACAAAGUUUUCCAUUAGAUUGGUGAGAAAAAUGGUACGAGAUGGCUUUAGUUCAGACAUUCAAAACAAUGGACAUAUGUCACAUAAGUUACACAUGUUAUUCACUCAAGAUAGUCUUUAGUGAUGAUUAUCAGAAGAUGAAA